GCCCGGCCAACACAACGUGCGUGCUGUGGGUAUCGUUGAUCAUGAUGCUAGAGCUAAAAUAUGGCCUAUUAGGGCUACUUUUGGCUUUUUAUUAUCAACAGUGUACUCCUGUAUGGGUCUGGCAACACUGGCCAAACAAGCGCAUGUAUUCCUCCUGUAAUUAUAAACGAUGCUGAACAACCAAUUAAAGAUGUUGAAGUCGAGCCACAACCAGCAAGAUCAAGUCGCCAUUAUGAAAGAAAGCAAUCUGAACUAAAUGACUGGAUGGAUGCUACAACUACCAUUGACCAUGCUCUUCUUGGUAACUGGGCUCCACAUUCAAAAAACUGUAAAAACUGCAAUGCUGUUUUGAAUACAGAGUUUAUCAGGUGCCUAGACUGUGGUCCUACUGUUGUGUAUUGCCAUACAUGUAUGGCAACUAUUCAUCAACAUAAUGUUUUACAUUUUCCAGAAGUAUGGACGUGCAACACAUUUCUCCCCUACUCAUCAGGGAUUAAAGCUGUGAACACUGGUCAUUCAUCAGAAUGUGGCGUUAGUGUUUGGCGAAUUGUAAAUGCAUUUGAUGACAAAGGCAGAUGUCAUCACUUAAACAUUAAAUUCUGUUCGUGUGAAGAGGAGGUAACAACAAUUAUCAAACUGAACCUUUGGCCAGCGACAGCAAAAUGUGUUAAAGUAGCAUUUUCUAUUGAAUUAUUGAAAUGGAUGGAGGUUCUCCUACUAGAAUGUCAAGUUUCUACGAAAGGGUUUUGUGAAGCAUUAACCUUGAAGAAUGACCUUCAACCAUUUGAGGUCAAUCAGUUGAAAGAGCUUAUCAGAAAAGAAACCGUUUUUGAAUUUCGCCAUUCCUAUUAUAAGAUGAGGAAUAUUUCUGAUGAUGGUACAGUGUGUCCUGCUUGUCCUAAGGAUGGGGGUACCAAAUUUGUAUCUUUAGAUGCAAAUUUUGGAUUAGUCAGAAAAAAAAAUUCUGGUCAUAGUUUAGAGCCUCCAAAACAUGAAAAUAGGUAUUUUGUGGCAGAUGGUAAAGUACAGGAAUUUGUUGGACAUUACAAUGACUGCUCAAGUUCAAAGGAGUGCCAUCGCUUUAAAGCUGGAGAUAAAGUACGAUCUAAAUCUUGUUCAGACAAAAUGGACAUUACAGGUGUGUUCGGCUGUGUAUGCAGGCACGAAUUUCCAAUAAAGUUCAUGAAUUUGCAGCAUGGAGAGAGGUUGGCAUACCCGGUAUUUCUUCUACAUAAUUUGUUAAGCUCUGCAGCUACGGACCAACACCUAAAUAUUACGUAUGAUAUUGCAUGUGUCCUAUUCUCACACUUAAAGAAGGAAAAUUAA